AAGAUAUUCUUUUAUUGAAAAGUAGAAGGAAAAAAUAAGAAAUCAUGGAGAGAGAUAUUAUUAAAGAAUUUAAAAUUAAGAAAAAUGCUGGCAAAAUGAGAAGUGGCAAUCCCAAUCUAAAGUGGAUAGAUGAAAUGUCUGGGAAGUCCAAGCUGCUAAAAGUAGUCCUUCUUGGGGAUGGCGGAGUCGGGAAAAGUUCGUUGAUGAACAGAUUUGUUAGCAACAAGUUUGAUGCACAAUCAUUCCAUACAAUAGGAGUCGAAUUUCUGAAUAAAGAUGUAACUGUGGACACAGAAACGUACACGAUGCAGAUAUGGGACACAGCGGGCCAAGAACGUUUUAAAUCAUUAAGGACACCAUUUUAUCGGGGAGCAGAUUGCUGUUUGCUGACUUUUGCUGUCGAUGAUAUGCAGAGUUUUAAAAAUUUAUCUAUGUGGAAGAAAGAAUUUUUAUAUUACGCAGAUAUACAAGAUGGUAAUAAUUUUCCAUUUGUGAUAAUAGGAAAUAAAGUUGAUGUUGAAAAUAGGCUGGUAAAUGAGGAAAUGGUUCGGGACUGGUGUAACCAGAACGGCAAUUGCCCGUAUUAUGAGACAAGUGCAAAAGAUUCCACAAACGUAGAAACUGCUUUUAAAGCUGCUGUUGAAAGAUUGAAAGAAAUUGAAGAAUUGUUGGAUGAAAAACCCCAACAUGGAAACACGGUAGAUUUGAGUCGGAAACCGAAACAAAGUGGCGGUUGUUGUAAUUAAUGAAAAAAUCAAAACUGUUAAUCACUAGCCAACAUCCUGUUUUUCUUGAUUCCAAUGGUUCUUUCAUGUUUUAGAGACAUAUUGUUUUAACUUUCUGUAAAAAUGGUGUACAUGUUUCUUACUGAUUUUACUGUUUAUAUUUGUAUAACAUGACUGUAUGACUGUAUUUUGCCUAUAAUUAUACACUGGUACAAGAUAACAGUUUGAGGAGUGAUAAAUGAAAAACACUGAUAAAGGGACGAGCUUUAUCAGUGGUUCAAAUAAUUAAUUGUUACAAAGGCUGAUAUUUAUAAUUGUCACCAAAUUUUUAACAUGACCAAUCCUUGAUAAAAAUUUUUUACUGUUGUCGAUUGUUCAGAAAAGCAUCUGUCUUUUGUUGUUGUUGUUGUUGUGGGUUUUUUAUGUUAUCUUCAUGAACUUCAAACUGUCAUCCUGUACCUGUAUAUUUUUAAAAAAAAAAACUCUUGAUAAAUUUGUUACUUUAGCUAAUGUUAAAUGAAUGCCAGUGCCAAUUGUUGUACAUUGUUCAACUGAUCUUUGAGAAUGAAAUUGAAUUUUUUGACUCACUUUAUUAGCUUGUGUAGGGAGGGUGAGUUGAGUAUGAAACCAUAAGUCCUGAGUUAGAACAGUUCUGUGACUGUUUUGCUAUGGGCAAGAUUUUUUAAAUUUUAUUUUUUCUGAUUUAUAAGCUUCUAAUGAAUAAAAGCAGGUAAAAAAACUU